GAAAAUUUCGCCAAGUACUCCAGGUUGAACUCAACCCGAUCGGGGACGAGUCCUAUUUGGAAUUGAGAUCUUGUGAACUUGUGCCAGGCAACCCCGAUUGGUUCUAAUCGGGAUCCCCGCCCUGAAAAAAAAACAAAAAAAAAAAACAAAAAAACAUUUGACGCACAAUCGGGGGACAAAAAUUUUUUGUUGCCCCGAAAGCCCUUACACCAUUUUGAAAAACCCCGAUCGGAAAAAAGCGCCCCAAUUGGCUCAGGGCCAGCCGAUCCCUAGCGCAGUCGGCGUCAUUUUUUUUGCUUUGGCUUACCGUUUAGUAUAUUCAAUUUAGUGUUUUCAUAUUCGAGAGAUUUUGCAUUCAUUCAUUUCAUCGAUCAGUUUGUUUGCUAUUUUUUUCAAAUAAAAGACUCUUGAGCUUCAAGCAUUUGAUUAAGAAUAUUAGCCAACUUAUUUAUACGUCAGCAGAAUGUUCUACCAUAUCGCAUUAGAACACGAAAUUCUGUUGCACCCAAGGUAUUUCGGUCCUCAGUUGAUGGAAACAGUAAAACAAAAACUUUUCACAGAGGUGGAAGGCACUUGUACUGGAAAGUAUGGGUUUGUCAUAGCAGUUACAACAAUUGACACAAUUGGAGCUGGAAUCAUACAGCCUGGACAAGGCUUUGUAGUUUAUCCUGUUAAAUACAAGGCAAUUGUGUUCCGUCCAUUUAAAGGACAGGUUUUGGAUGCAGUGGUAACUCAAGUGAAUAAAGUUGGGCUUUUUACAGAAAUUGGACCUUUGUCCUGUUUCAUUUCUAGACAUUCCAUUCCAUCAGAUAUGCAAUUCGAUCCCAACUCAACACCUCCUUGCUACAAAACCCAGGAUGAAGAUGUUGUUAUUCAACAGGAUGAUGAAAUCAGGAUAAAAAUUGUUGGAUUAAGGGUUGAUGCUACUGAUAUUUUUGCUAUUGGAACACUUAUGGAUGACUACUUGGGUUUGGUCAGUUGAUUUAUUUCAAGCCAUGUUUUCAUUGUCACAGUAUGAUUCAUGUGUUGGUGCAUCAAGAUUGAAUAUAACAAGAGAAGGAA